UUAAAAACGUUAUUUUCAUGUGAAUUUUUGGAAAUUUUCAUGCAAAAGAAAUGACCAAAUGUGGGACAAGAAAUGUAGAAAAAACCAUUUUAUUCAUGUUCUUUUCUGAGAGUUCAGUAUACAUGUUCAGUAUAACGUGAAAAUGUAGAAACAAAAAAACGUUAUUUUCAAGUUUCAGUUUCACGUACUUUUCACGUGAAAAGUUGGAACAUUUCCACUUUUUUCCACGUGAAAAAAUGUGAUUUUCUCGACUUUUCCACCAGAAUAUGACGUUAUAAUGUAAAACUGUGAGGACAUAAUUUUCACGUGAAAAAAACGCUCUUGUAUUAUCUUGGACUUUCCUUUCAGGAGAGGGAGAGUCAUGCAUAUUUCAAUACAUUUUUAGGUUGCAGUGGACCCUGCAGUGGUCGCGCGGAGUGCAUUUGCACUCCAGGCGAAAUUUUUUGUUGGUAAAUUCAGCACGGUCAGGUUGGCAGCAUUGUGCUCUCGUGUAUUUGUCAGUUACAGUUCCAUACUACAUUCCACUUUUUGUAGUGAACGGAUUGCAGAGAAACAGCGUUUGGAUUGCAUUUGCACUCCACGCGACCUGUAAUAACAAUGGCAGAUGAUGCUACUCGACGACAGGAAUUGCUUAUUGAGCAAUGGCUUCGUGAAGAAGAGAUUGACAACGAUUUGAUUGAAGAGUGCUCCAAUGAUGAAGAAAGUGAUUUUGUAGAAGUUCAACAAGAAAACUCCGACACAGAAGAAGAGGCAAGUGAUGAAGAUGAUGAUGAUUCUGCCAAUGGUCCUCAUAUGCAAGGUAAGGAUGGAACAAAGUGGCUGAAACAUGUUCCAGAAAUGAGAGGAAGAACACGCCAGCACAAUAUUGUAUUUAGAGCUCCAGGCCCUAAAGGGGAAGCUAAACAAAAAAACAGUAAUAGGGAAUGCUUGGACCUUUUUUUAGAUGGGACUGUUAUUCAUUGUGUAACGGAAUAUACAAAUAUUAGGAUAGAAUCAGUUAGGGCCCGUUAUGCAAGCAAUCGUGAUGAUAAACUAACUGAUGAGUUAGAAAUUACAGGUUACCUGGGCAUCUUGUACCUAAUUGGUACAUUGAAGUCUGGAAGACAAAAUGUUGAACAGAUUUUUGAUACUAAAAAUGGUACAGGAAUAGAAGCGGUUUAUCUUACUAUGGGAGUACAAAGAUUCAAAUUUUUGACCAGAAAUAUUCGGUUUGAUGAUAUAAAUACCAGAACAACAAGAAUUAAAGAAGACAAAUUAGCACCAAUCAGGGAGCUGUUCGAAAAAAUAGUAGGUAAUUUUCAAAAAAAUUUCAUCCCAAGUGCUGAAAUGACCCUAGAUGAACAGUUGAUAGCAUUUAGAGGCAAGUGUAGUUUCCGUCAAUUCAUUCCAAGCAAGCCGGCAAAGUAUGGGAUAAAAAUAUUUGCCCUCGUUGAUGUUCAUUUUCCUUACACUUUCAAUUUGGAAGUAUAUUGUGGUGUGCAGCCUGAAGGUCCAUUCAAAGUCAGCAAUGAACACAAAGAAGUAGUUAUGAGAAUGACAGCACCAAUUCAUGGGUCUAAUAGGAAUGUGACAAGCGAUAAUUGGUUCUCUUCACUUGAUGUAGCCAAAGAAUUAUUUGCCAAGAAAACAACUAUGGUUGGAACAGUUCGCAAAGAUAAGAGGGAAGUUCCAUUACAACUUCGAACUGCCAAAGGAAAGCCAAUUCCUUCUUCAAUUUUUGGAUUCCAUGGCCCUUGUACUUUGGUAUCAUAUAUUCCAAAAAAAGUAAAGUUGUGUUAGCAAUGUCAACUAUGCAUAAUGAUGAUGCAAUAGAUGCAAAUACUGGUGAUCUUCAAAAGCCCGAGCUCAUUACGUACUAUAAUCGCACUAAAAAUGGGGUUGAUUUAGUAGAUAAGAUUUGUGCACUCUACAAUGUUGCAAGAAACUUAGAUGUUGGCCUCUCACAAUAUUUUUUGAUUUGAUGAAUGUGAGUGCCAUCAAUGCGUUGUGUGUAUAUACUGCCAAUCGAAAUUAUCAGAAAAUAGUGUGACGAGAAUUCCUUACAACACUGGCUUUAGACAUGAUGAAACCACUAGCACAAAGGAGAAUGGGAGUCAGUGAGUUACCACGUGAACUACGACACAGGAUUAGCCAGUUCUUGGGAGUAAAUGCAAAUCCUCCAACUGCAAGUCACAAUGCUCCACCAACAAGUUCUCAAGGUCGUUGUUUUCUUUGUGGAAGAGCUCGAAACAAAACCACCAGGAAUUCAUGUGACAAAUGUCGUAAGUGGACUUGCCCUGCUCAUGCAAAGAAAAUGUUCAUUUGUCAACCAUGCACAGAAGAUGAAUAGGCUAGAUUUGUAUAUUGUAUUUUUAACUAACAAACUCAGUUCAUUUGGAAUUUUAUUGUUAUGAAUAACUGUUUCAAGCAUCAACAUGAUCUAUGAAUAAAUAUUUUAUAAUUUAGUAGUUGAUUUUAUGUGUCUUGAACAUGCCUUCUCUGAAUUUUGUUUGCAGCUAUUUUUUAAU